AACACAACGAGUGUAAUAAGAACCCCUACCUCCCCUCAUCCCGCAACAGCAUAUGCAACCGAGACACAUGUAAGCCAGCCCCCACCCAAACGCCCUGAUAAACAAAUGAACCUAAGCCAUAAAGAGAACACAGCCUACCUCAAACUACCAUAAUGAAGCUAUAAGGUAACGCCCCUCACCCUCACCCUUACCCGAAAACCCCAGUAUAAAAGACCCCCCCCUCACCAGCAGUAAUCCCCAACCUGCUCACAAAGAUGAAGGACAUAUCCAGCGUAAAAACUGCGAACCUCAAUGCCCGCCCCUCUCCUAUGGGCAUCCGCCAGUCCCUUCACAGACAUCAGCGAACAGGCUCACAAUUCUUCCCGCCCAACGUCCUAACAGACGAAGGGGAAUGCACCGCAGAGGGACUAUCCCCCCCUGAUACCCCAUCACCAUCCCCCCGCCCACACAUCGAGCGAAUCCCGCCCUCAGAACCUGAGGAGAAUGAGACGACCCCAACCACCAACUCCCUCACCCUCACAAAGGACUUAGAGGUAGAGAUGCCCCUCGAUACCCACCCCCAAACCCCUGCGCAGACCCCCGCCCCCACGGAAGAUGAAGCAAUGACAGACCUACUCGUCUCUACACCCAACCCAACCCCAGCUCGUACCCAACUUCCUGCAACAUCACAAGCAUCUGAGGAAGACCUUCUCCGAGCUCACCUAGCGGUCGCAGAGACGAAUCGCUCCAUCAUUAAGUCCAACGGCAUUAACUCACUCACGGUCAUCCCCCAAUUCACACCCACCCCAAUUGGUGGCUUCCCCCAUAUUCACUUGGCCCACGCAGCACAGCUAUUCGAUUUCCAAGCGGCAAAAGUCAUCACCGCAUGGCUCAAGGUACCCCACCCCAAGAUCCUUGUGAGAGUCUUUGACCACGACGGGAAAAACCCCUCUGUUAAAGGCCCAAUACUAGUCGAACGCCUACGCAUAGCGGUAGCUGAGAUCGCUCACUUCGUCCACCAAGACGACCAAGAAGUGAAAGUCUCCCCACCCUGCCCAGAAGCCAUCAAAGAGGGCUCUGACCACCCCCUCAGUUUCCUGAUCUACAACAUAUCAGACGAAACAAAAUCACUCAUUCUAGACCAACGAAUCUGGUCAUCAACCGAAAUCACCUUCGCAGCUCACCAAUUCAAAGUCAACUCCCCUCCAUUACUCCUCUUCUGCCUCCACGGCUUCUCGACCACAGACAUAGCAACCGUCAGAACGGCCGUCUACGAAGCAUGGUCGGAUGACGUCACCAGAUGGGACAUCUGUGACAUCCUAUCCGAAGGGGAUCUCCCUGAAGACAAAGUCCACACCGCAGCAUGGGACUUCAUCAGAUCACUAUGGAUAGAGCGCCUCGACUUCAAGGUCAGUGGAGGCAUCCUCCUCCCACGGUACAAUGUGUUCGCGAUCAGCCCCACCAAUAAUCCCUCAGUCUGGACGAAGCUAAGAGCCUACCUUCACUCCCUAACCUACCCAUCUGAACUCGAAGGAAAUGGCACGGCAGUCAACUUCAUGCCCUGCCCCCUCUGCCACUCAAUUGCCCACCCCCGCGGCCUCUGCCCGUUCCCAAACAUCCCACUUUGGAACGGACCCAAACACAACACGACCGUGAGACACAACAAUAUGAGCCAAAGAGGUAGAGGCAAAGGGAGGAGAGCCCCCGCCCGAGAACUCACUUACUAGCUGACACACAUACUUGCCACCCCGCCCCCGUGAUACUAUAGCUAACUUGCACAUAUGCAUACAUCAUGUAACUACGUACUUGAAUAAACCCCCCUCACAAAAACCUAAAUGAUGCAAAGGGCUAGAUCCAACCAACCCCUUCACCUGCGGCCCAAAUUUACUGAUUGCGGAAGCGA